GCGACCUUAACAGUCAUGGGCCCAGUUGUGGCUGUCAAGAUGGCUUACAGACUGCUUUAUGGAAUUCUUGCACGUGCGUUCUUCAGUGACAAAGCCCUCUGUGGAAAGGUGGUAUUGGUGACCGGGGCAAGUUCUGGUCUUGGUGAGGCACUUGCCCAUGAACUUUAUAAGAGAGGUGCCAGGCUCAUUUUGGCUUCUCGAAACACAGAGAAAUUGAAUGAACUGAAGGAGACCCUCUUGGCAACAUACAAGCCCCCGGAGCUCCAUGUCCCCACGGUGGUCAAGCUCGACCUGGAGGACCUCAACAGCAUACCCACCAUCACCGAGGAGCUGCUUAAGACCCACGGCCAGAUCGAUAUCCUAAUUAACAAUGCGGGCAUGUCCUACCGGGGGGCGGUGGCGGACACGGAAGUUAGCGUCGACAUCAAACUGAUGGUGGUGAACUAUUUUGGACAGGUGGCUCUAACCAAAGCUAUCCUUCCUAGCAUGUUGGCCAGGAAGGCUGGGCACAUCUUGGCCAUCAGCAGCGUCCAGGGUAAAUUGGCCAUCCCUUACAGGUCAUGUUACACAGCCUCCAAACAUGCAGUACAAGGCUUCUUUGACUCUCUCCGGGCUGAGGUGGCUGACAAAAAUGUCCGAGUGUCAGUUAUCAGCCCAGGAUAUAUAUCCACUAACCUAUCUGUAAAUGCAGUGACUGGGGAUGGCUCUUCCUAUGGAGCCAUGGAUGCCACCACAGCAUCCGGCAUGAGCCCAGAGUAUGUGGCAGAGCAGAUUGUUGGGUGCAUCAUCAGUGGUUACGAAGAGCUUCUUCUGGCCCCCUUCUCACACCGGCUCGCCAUCAUGCUGCGGACCUUCACCCCCUCAAUCAUCGCAAACAUCAUGAAGAGAAGAGCUGCUAAGGAGAAGGAGUUAUAUGUGUACAAAGAAGACUAGUGUAUAUGCAUUUUUUUUUUUUUUUCUAUUGAUUAUAUUCUCCCCCCUUUUUUGUUUAUUUAUUUAUUUUUUAUUUUUUACUUAACCCUACAAUGAUGGUACCAGAAAUCUGUGGGUGUCACUCAUUCCAGUGACUUCUGGCAACUGUCCAGCCACUUGGAGUCCACUAUGUACAGUGGAACUUCCCGUUUGACUCACUCUAGCGUGUCAUGAUGUCUAUAGCAGUUGUUUUUUCAUGACAGCUGUAGGCGUGUCCGGCUGUAAGAGGUUAAGGAGUCUGACUUUUUAAAGUAUUUUUAUUACUUUUUCUUUUUUUUAACCAAAUCCCUCAACUCAGUGUUGAGUUGAAUACUAAGUGUUAUUAUGAUAUAUUAUGAUUUAUAUUCACUUGAAAAAACACUUUGUUGGUUUAUAAGUUUGUGAAUAUAUUUUGGUUAAUGAGUGCUUAUUAAUAACUGAAGGAAUCAUGAGAGUUAUUUUGGAGUUAUUGCAUGAUAAAACAGUUGUAUAUCAUUUUAUAAUUUUAAAAAGUGGUAUUAUGUUGGAGAAAGUCUGAGGGAAUUCAGGGUGCCUAAUCAUGUUUAUACAAAAAACUUGAUCUUUUUCAGUAGUGAGAUGUUAGUGUCCUUUCUAAAGGGCACUUUUGAUGCUUGGAUAGUGCAGAAUGUUAUACAACAUUUGAUUUCUGUGAAUGAGCACAACCUUUCUUAGAAAGUGAAUGUAAAGGGUUAUGAUUGUCAAGAUUUGUUUUGUGAUAGUUUCUAAGGAAAUGAAAUCAAGUUAUUGCUCUUUACCUUUUUUUUUUUUUUAGUUUUUAGUUUUUACUUGCUCAUGUUUCUUUAUACAGUAUUCAAAGAACUAGUCCUCUACAAAUAUCCAGCAGUGUCUUCUAUAGAACAUAUAUAUUUUCUUCAUCUUUUCUCUAGGUGUAAGGUAGCAUCAGUGGUGCUAAUUGAAUUAACUAAUAAGGAGACAGUGUUGUUUACACCAGUGGCAAGAAAGCAACUGUACUUCAAAGUUCUGGAAAAGAUAUAUAUUAUCUGAUCGUGUACAGAGAAGUUACAUGUUGGUCAUUGAAGGGUAUACUCUGUGAGGCUGUUACCUAGUCACAGCGAGUGAAAAUUGUAUGGAAUAUUAUAUUUGACAAGCCGUAAUACAGAAUGUAUAGUAAUGAAUAUUGAUUAUUCAUGAUUUUUUAAAUUAUUUUAUCAAUGCUUUUUUUCCCCCUUUUCCACAGAACCAAAAAAUUGCUUUGGUAAAAUAUAAAUUUUUCUCAUGUAUAGACAAUACAUAUAAAAUUAUAUUAUUUUUCAAAGGCUUCUUUUAAUAUAACUAUUAACAGUAUCCAGUUUAUAUUGGAUAAGAAAGGUUGGAUUGGUUGUAUAAUGAGUCAUUGUAUGCUUUCAGCGGCUUUAUUGAAUAAUGCAAGAAUGAAAGUGUUUCACAAGA